UUCUGCGCGUUGACUGUUAUUGUUAAUUAAUUCGUAUAGUACAAUAUAUUCGUAAUGUAAUUUUUGUGUUGUACAUUCAUGUUUUACAGCCGUAGUGCGAUUUGCACGCGAAAAUGGAACCGUCCAACGAUUCGAUAUGCGUGCGUUCGAUGCGCCUAGAUUCAAUGCUAAACGGGCCCACCAUUAUGUCCAGUAGGGCUUUGGACAAGGAAUUGCUUUUCGAUUCUAUUACACUGAUGUUCGACGAGUGCAACAACGAUGUGAUGAAACGCGAUCCGUCCAUUGCCAGUUUCUUGGACAAAUUUAAAAUGGUCGUUCCCGAAUUGAAGUCGCUACGCGUCAAUCGAUUGGAUUUCGAAUCCAAGCAAGUCAUCGGCAAGGGAAACUUUGGAGAAGUCGAACUCGUCGUUGAAAAACAUACCAACGAUAUAUUCGCCAUGAAAGUGUUGAAAAAAGACAAUUUCGACAAUCACAAUAUCGCUUCCUUUGAACACGAGAGAGACAUAAUGGCAUCGUCAAGUUCUCCGUUUUUAACACGGUUACAUUAUGCUUUCCACGACUUUCAAAAUUUGUACCUUGUAAUGGAAUACCACCCAGGCGGCGAUUUUGCUCAUUUAAUAGACAAAUUUAACGGCACUCUACCAGAAGACACUGCUAAAUUUUAUAUAGCCGAGUUAUUAUUGGCUGUAAAACACUUACAUGCUAUGGGUUAUGCUCAUCGUGAUAUUAAACCAGAAAACAUGAUGUUAGAUCGUACUGGACAUUUGAAGUUGGUAGAUUUUGGUUCUUCGGCUAAACUUGAUCGUGACAAUAUAGUCAAAACUAGAAUGGCCAUUGGUGCUUCGGAAUAUAUAGCCCCUGAAGUCUUACAAUUUAUGGAGUCGAGUUCAAUAGACGGUUAUAGUGCUCUAUGUGACUUGUGGUCAGCUGGGAUUGUGGCGUACAAAAUGGCAACGGGAGACACUCCGUUUAACGCUGAACAACAAGCGGUGAUUUAUUCCAACAUUUUAAGUUUUGAUAAUUCAUUGAAGUACCCGUCUUUUUCCAAUAUAUCUCCAGCCUACAAGCAGAUGAUAGAAUGUUUGGUAUGUCACGUAGAAAAAAGAUUCACAGUGGACAUGAUGAUUAACUUGGAAAUAUUUUCUAAAAUAAAUUUUGACUCUAUACAUGAACAAGUUCCUCCAUGUGUGCCGUCGUUGUCUUCCGAUAAAGACGUUACAAACUUCCCGAUACAUGAGCGAGCUCGUCCGACACUAAAUAUGCAAAAUUUCAAAAAGCAAAAACAAUUCUCCGGUCGAGAUUUGCCAUUCAUAGGUUUUACGUAUAGUUCGUCGAUGUUGGAACGAAAUCAACAACAUUCCAUAAGCAUUCCAGAGUUAGAAACAACAAUAAAAAUUAAACAGAAAGAGCUAGAAGAUGCACAUGUUUUGAUACAUGCUUAUGAAGAGAAAGUAACGGAAUACGAUCGAAUGAUGAUUGUAUACGAAGAAAAGAUUAAAAAAAUGGAAGAAGAAAAUGUUUUAUUACACAAAGAAGUGUUGUCUCUCGGCAGUGAAUUAAGCCGGCUAACUAGAAUAAGCGAAGAAACCACUUUAACUAGAAAUGAUGAUAAUGACAUGGUGCAAAAAAAACAAGCUGAAAUGGUCAAAAAUGAAAUUGAUAAGUGGGAAAAUAAAACAAUUAAACAACUAUGCAAUUUGGAAGAAUUAAAAUCGCAGAAUGAAUAUAUUCGAGCAAAUAAUACCGAACUGCAAACACGAUUAGUCAAGAAUUUGUCGGACAUAAAAGUGUAUCAAGAGAACGAGGAACAGCUUAAUAAAACAAUUGCUAAACUUAAAUCAAAAUUAAAACAUAUAGUUCGCCGUUCAAAACAAAUGACUGAAGAAAAUAUUGACAACCACGUGGCUUCAUUGACGGCUGAAAUGAAAACCAAAGAAGAUGCGUUUGACUUGAAAAUUAAUAAGUUGAACGAAGAAAAACAUGCACUCCAAAAGGAAAUGGUAGUUAUGCAAAAGGAUUUAGAUAGUUUAAAUUCCAAAUUAUCACAAAACGUUGCAAAAGAAACGACAGUGCAAAAUGAACAUAAGGCAACUUGUUUAAAAAUGGUUUCGGAUUUUGAGGCUAAAUUAAGUUCUGUGCGUAAAGAAAAAGAUAAUGAAAUCGAACAGUUACAUACUAAGAUAACGCAGUUACAACAACAGUUUAGCGAAUCGCUGAUUUCGUUUGAAAAACAUGAAAAUACAAUUUUCACAAAAGAAACUGAGAAAGAGUUUGAAUCUGAACUAAAAACACGCGAACAACAAAUCAAAGAAUUAGAAUUGAAUUUUAAAAUUUUAGACCGCAAACACAAAACUUGUGAUGAAACUAUCAGUGGACUUAAAGAAUAUCAUAAAGACGCUAGAGCCAAUUAUAAACAGGAAAUAACCAAAAUAAAAGAAGAAACUAGUUUGCAAAUAAAAAUUAAAGAAGACCAAGUAGAAGAUUUGAACAACAAAAUCAAAUGUCUCAACAAUACUAUCGAUUCGUUACAAUUGAAGCUCGAAAAAGAAGUAGCUGAAUCGAAUAGACUGAGCAAUGAAUUAGCCAAAAUUGUCACAGAUUCAAAAAGGUGGACGAGUGAAAAAUCGUGUCUAGAAAGAAGUAUUUUGGAAAUGAGAAUAAAACUCAAUAACAGUGAAUCAAAUGUCAAGACUUUACAAGUAUUAGUUACCGUGCAAAGCGACCAAAUGGAAGGUCUUGAAGUAGCUGUUCAGUCCAUGAUGGCAAAAGAAAAACAGUUACUUGAAAACAUAAAAAGCAAAACUGAUGAGAUUGAAAAACUGAAAAACGAUGUGCGUGAAGUAAAAAAACUGUCUAAUGAAGAAAAGUCAUUGCGCAUUUUAGCUGAGAAUAAAGCAAAGAUGAUGAAUAGUGUUAAUGACAAUAUGAAAGAAGAAUUAAAUCUACUUACCGAUCAAAAUGUAAAAAUAAAUGUAGAAAUUGAUUCGUUAAAAAAACAGUUGGAAGAGUCGGAUUCCAGUGUUAGAGAAAAGAGUACGUUGGUUUUUACAUUACAAGAUGAAUUUGAAAAGGUCGUUAACGAGUUGGACAGGGUAAAAUCCGAUCUGUCUGCGACCAUUAGUCAAAAGCAGUUAUUAAAAGAAGCCAAUAUUCGGUUGACACAACGACUAGAAGAAACAGUAGAAGACACAAAAGUAAUGCAAAACAUUAUCGAAAAGUAUAAAAAUUCCUUGUUUGAACAAAAAACGUAUUACGACAAGCGUUUAAUCAAAGCCGACGUCACUAUUUCACAGCAGACAAAACUUAUAGAUUAUUUGCAAACCAAAUUUAAAGAAUCUACAACGAAAAAAAGGACACUCGUUGACUUGUUGUUUAGCGGCAAAAAUAAAGUGAACGUUGAACAAAAGGAAAUUGAAUUGUUAUUGAAUUCGGAGAGGUCCAAAUCCAAGCACUUGGCGACUAUAUUAAAUCAAGCGCAAGCCGAAUUAGAAGUAGCCAAAGCUCAAUGUCCGCUCCAGUCGCAUUUGGUUCCGACCCGCCUUGACUUUGAUUUCGAUUCGCCCGUUUCUUCCAAGUCGACUCCAAUUGCAAACCCUGUGUCUACGUCUCUUCAUAAGUUCGAUGUAAAAAUAUGCAAGCGUGGAGGACUGCUGUGUUCGCAUUGUCAAUUGGAAGUGACGGUAGGACAACAGUUGAGCGACUGUCAAGAAUGUAGAGUGUCGACGCACGUUACUUGCUCUCAUGAGCUGUUGGCCGAUUGCACUGGCGCACGUAAAAAAGAUAACGACGGAAAUCAAGCCGAAAUCGAGUCGUGGAUCACAGUGUGGGAUAAUACUAUACACGUUUGGGACCGUAAGUAUGCGAAAAUCGAAAACGGCGGCGUUCUGUGUAUUCUCAACGAUAAGCACGAUUGCGAACAAGAGCCAUUCUUUACACUGUCGUUGUCGCAAUCGUCGGACAUGGUGAAAGUUGUAGAUGUCGCCCAAUCGAACGAUAAGACGUUCGACAAAGACACCGACGAAGACUACGAACAAUUAUUCAAAGUAGAAGUGUACAACUCGUACACUGGCCACAUGACGAUAUUUUUAUACAUAAUAGCGCCGAGCGUACAAGAAAAACAACAGUGGCUGAGUGUUAUUCGACAACAUUCGGCCAACAACGACGACCGUACCAAUCGACCGCAACACGAUCAAUGUUACAAAGAUAUUAUAUUCACGUUCCAGAAAGAUAAAAUGAUAAACGUCAACUGUGUUCAUCAGAUAACGCAAAGUGUGCAUUUGUUGGGUGCCGAUGAAGGAUUGUUUUCGGUUCACUUGAAAACCCAAAACGGAGAGGUAAAACGUGACAUCGUCUCCAUAGUUGGACCAAAACAAGUGAUAAAUUUUGUCUUCUUGCCAAAGAUUCAAAUAGUCUUGAUGGUUGCCGGGCCCACAAGAGAACUAUUGAAAUGCGAUAUGAGAAAUGUUGUUCUGAACUCUGAACUCAGUGUUAUGUCGAGGCCGAAUAUUGAAAGCGCUCGAGUAAUCGACGAGAUAGGCAAUAGUCGAGAAUCCGAUAACGAAUUGAUCAAUGAACUAAACGAAAUCAAUUGUCUUGCUGUGUCGCACUGUAACGAAUUGGUUGUCGUCGGGUCGGAGCACAACAUUACUGUAUUGAAAUGGCAAGACAUUGGAUUUUUCGUGACGAAAAUAAUUAAAACUAACGUACCGACCAAAUGUAUUUGUUUUACGCCCACUGGCAUAAUUUUCACAACGAACAGCUUCUAUAAAAUAGACACUGAAGAUUUUAGCUGUAAAAGAUUUUAUACAGAUGCGAUUGCCAAGGCGUACGAUUACUGCCCAAUAUAUGUAUGCGAACUAUCGAAAAACAAAGAGUAUCUUCUGUGUUACGGCAUUUACGGUAUAUUUGUCGAUAGCAACGGCAAGAAAACACGAGGCGGAGAAAUGAAAUGGCCGUACAGUCCCAAGAGUUUCGCAUUCCAAAAGCCUUAUUUAGUAAUUUUAUCUGAAUCGGAAAUUACCAUAAUUAAGAUAACCCAAUCGUGUUGUGUCGAAGAAGAUAGGUGGAGUAUUACUUCUACGAAACAGCCUAACGAUCAAAUCGUCCUCAACAUAAACUGUCCAAAACUCCUAGAAGGAAAUAAUUUUUAUUUAAAAGACACAAAUAAUUAUCAAGGUACAUGUAGUGUAUUUCAAUUGAAUCCAUCAAAAAUCCUUAAAAGUUCGACGACCGACAGUAGUUCUACAUUAGAUACACACUAUACUGCUGGCAGUUUUUUCGAGUUUAGUUUGUUGGAUAACUUGGACAAAGAAGAACAGACAGAUGACCAAUAAUGUUUUAACACUUAAAUGUUAAAUUUAUAUUUCUGUUAAUUUUUAUGUAUUUUUUUAUAUUUUUUUAUAAUGUCAAGAAAAAUUUAGCAAGGUUAUUCACAAAGAAUUGUUUUUAUAUUAUGACUAAG